AUGUUCUUCUGGAUGUUACUACUUUUUACAGUGUUAGUUAUUUUCAUCGUUAAAAUACAUCAGCAAGUUACUUAUGGAAUAUGUCGGUCAAACGCUCAUAUGGUCGGAAAAGUGGUAAUUAUAACAGGAGGUAGCAGUGGGAUAGGAUUGGAAACAGCAAAGAAUUUGGCUGACCGUGGUGCUAAAAUAAUAAUCGCCUGUCGGAGUGUGCGUCGUGCUGCUUUAGCUAAAGAAGAAAUAAUUAAAUAUACUGGCAAUACAAGUAUUCAUUGUAUGCAACUAGAUUUGUCUUCAUUACGCUCUGUUCGGGAAUUUUGCAAAAAUAUACUAAAGACAGAAAAGCGUCUGGAUGUUCUUAUAAAUAACGCUGCGGCUGGUGGUCUUGGAAAUGGAAAAACAGAAGAUGGACUGCACAAAGGAAUGCAAGUGAAUUACUUUGGGCCGUUUUUGCUUACUUGUUUAUUGUUACCUCUCUUAAAAUCUUCAGCGCCGAGCCGUAUCAUAAACGUAUCAUCAGAUAUGCACAAAUAUGGGGAGAUGGACUUUGAGAAUUUGAACAUGGAAAAAUAUUGGAGUGAUCAUUUAGUAUACGCAAACAGUAAGCUAUUUCUGAAUCUCAUGACUUUAGAACUUAGUCGUAGAUUAAGAGGUACUAAUAUUAUUGUAAACGCUUUGCAUCCAGGUGUAACUGGAACCAAUCUAUAUAGAAACAUUAAAAAUUCGACUGUUCAAAAUUUAGUUAAGAAAAUGGUUAAUUUUUUCAAUAAAGACCCCUGGGAAGCUUCUCAAACAUCUGUGUAUUUGGCAGUUUCUCCAGAAGUGGCCAAUUUAAGUGGUCGUUAUUUUAGAGACUGUCGAGAAAAACAACCUUCUCAGUUGUCACUAGAUUUAGAACUGGCUAAGAGAUUAUGGACUGAAUCAGAAAGACUAGUAGAUUUUACACUACCCAUCUAUUAA